GCCGAUCUGGUCGAGUUCUAUUACUUCUGGAAGAAAUCGCCGGCCGCAAAGUGCAACGGUAACCGUCGGCAGCGGAAGCCAGCCAGCCGCAAGAUGAAGAGUCGCCGCGGAAGCACGGAAAAGGAGAAGGAGGAUAACGACAAGGGCUCUCCAAGCAAAUCCGGUGAAUCGGGAAGCUCUUUCAGUGAGGAUGACAACGACAACGAUGACGAGAACGACGUGGACUCGGAAGGUUCGGUGAACCAGGAGCCAGCCAUCUGCUCUCACUGCAACGCCAAAAUAUCCAAGAGUUUCCACGCCCGCGGUCCCAAUGCCCAGCCCCUCUGCCCGACGUGCAACCUACAUCUGAAGCUGAGGGGAGAACUCCCACCCACGAUGGAGGCAGGAGGCGUCCCAGACUUCCUCUUCAAACCAGUCGCGAUUGCAGAGGUCACCAGCAAGCCACCGGCUAUACUCUCCGAGCAAUCGCAAAAAGACAACACUGCAUCUAGUCCAAGAAAGCGGAGUUGGGCAGAGAGCAAAUUAUCCAAUUCGGGUCGCAGCAGUAGUCCCAAUAGCAAGAAGAAGCGACCACAGUCUGGUAGCCGGGUUGGUUCUGAGUCGACCAGUCCGGAGGACAGCAGCACCAGCAUCUCAAACGAAGACAUCGGCAACGACGGAGACAACGAGCGAGAGAGCUCGCUAUCGUCCGAGGACAAGCAGUCGCCACCGCCACCUAGUGACGAGAGACCAGAUGUGCUGCCGUCCGGGUCGCGAACGCCGCCGCCGCCCAUCGGACUCCCGCGCGGUGUGGUGGCGCCACUGUUCUCGGGUCCCGUGCCAAUAUCUAGACCGCCGCCGCCGCCGUUGGUGCCAAUCACGUCUGUGCGUCCGCGAGCAGAUGGAACGACUGCGUCGUCAUCACCGCUGGCUGGCUCCUUCCCCUACGAUAGCAGGUUCAUGGAGCUACAGCUGACAUCUCAAGGCCAGCCGUGCAUCGAGUCCCCCUGCAACACCAAGGAGCCAAAUCCAGGGACGCCAGGACAACACCAACAACAGCAACAUCAGCAGCAACAACAGCAGCAGCAACAUCAGCAGCAACAACAGCAGCAGCAACAUCAGCAACAUCAGCAACAACAACAACAACAACAGCAGCACCCACGACCAUCUGACAAGCUGAAAGCAAAAGCACCUGAAGUUGGUGUUGAUAAGCAGUUGCACUCUGAAAUCAAGCCUGCUGCUCCUGUAGAGAAACCUGUAGCCACUGUGCUGCCUUCGACUCAAAUCCAGCAUGUGCUGCCACCUUUGCAGAAUCCACACGUGCUCACCUCUACACAGAAUCCACACAAUUUGCCUCCAAUGCAGAACCCGCAUGUGCUGCCCUCUACGCAGAAUACACACGUGCUGCCGCCUGCUCAGAAUCCACACGUGCUGCCAACUACGCAGAACCCGCACAUGCUGCCACCUCCGCAGAAUGCACACGUGCUGCCCGCUGCGCAGAACGCGCACAUGCGUCCUCCGCCGCAGAACCCUCACGUGCUGCCCCCUACGCAGAACCCGCACCUGCUGGGCGUGGCGUCGAGCCCGCACGUGCUGCCCCCUGCCGCGAAUCCGCACGUGCUGCCCUCUGCGCAGAAUGCCCACCUCCUGCCUUCGAUGCCGAACCCGCACUCGCUGCCCUCUGCGCAGAACCCGCACGCGCAGUACGCGACGGAGAAGGUCGAGGCCGGAGAGAAGCCCGGCGUGUGCGUCGUGCGGCCGGAGGAAGCCGUGAAGGUGAAGCAGGAGCCCGUUGAGGAGACUCCCGAGCACGAGGCGACGGAGGAGCCCGAGAUGGAGGAGAGGAAGAUCCCGCUGCGCACGCCCUCCCCCGAGCCGACCGCAGACUGCACCGAGCUGUUCCGCACAAAGUCGGCCAUAUUCAUCCGUGCCAUGUAUAGAGGGCGCCACAACUCGUGCGCGCGCACCGACUUCAACUUCAAGUCAGUGCCCGAAUCCAUGCUCGCAAAGAAACGGGAGGAGCAGAAGAAGAAAGCCAUCGAACCAAAGGAGGAGAGGCCGAAGCCGCCGCCGCUCACGUCGGACAAGAAGCCGUCGGACGCGUCGCCGUGUCGCUCGAGCAUCUCGCGCUCGAUGACGGAUCAUCUUCCCUGCUUCCCGCGUGCGUCGCCGCACGCUAUCGCCGCCGGAUACCCGUCGCACGACACGCCCGCGUUGAGGGCGCUCAGCCAGUACGCGAGCCCGCACAUGGGCUACUCGCCGCACGUGAUGGCCAUGCCCGGGCCGUCAGGCAUGGCAGGUCAGCCGUAUGCGAUGCCGCAGUAUGCAGCCGACCCGAUGCACUACUACAUGUCCAUGCUGCAUCUGUAUCCGCCCGGAUCGCGUGAGCGGAUGGACAUCGAAGCGAAGAUUGAGCAGGAGCGACGGGAGAGAGAAUUCCGUGAGAUGGAGCUGAGGGAAAAGAUGAAGUUCGGGCCGGACGGCAAGCCAAUGGGAGUGGAGCACCUACCCGGUCGCAGCCCGCUGGAACCUCAUUGGCUAGAGUUACAGCGAGAGCACGCAAUGGCGGGAAUGUAUCCACCGACGUCGAGUGCUGCAGGUGCGCCCCCUGGCAUGGAGCAAACGCUGCGCGAGAACACGGUUUCGGCAGAGCGUCUGCACAUCGAGCGCAUGAUGGCCGCCGACCCGAUGGCCCGGUUCGGAAUUCUGCCACCAGGGAUGUCGUGGCUGCCGCUGUACGCGGCGCACAUGCACGCGCACGCGCACACGCACCUACACCUGCACGAGCAGCACAUGCAGACGUCCCCGGGGCUCUACCCUGUACAUCCGCUCGUCGGUGGUGCCACUCCAGGCAGUGCCUCGCAGCAGUUUGCGAAUCCAUUCGGAAUGCCUGGACUCGUGAGUCGCCCGCCGGCGCCCCCUGGACAGCUUGCAGUGGACCGGUCAUUCGAUCCUCUCAGUCAUUUGGCCUCGCACGAACAAAUGCAGAGACAGGUUCAGCUCGAUCGAGAAAGGCAGCAAGCGUAUCAAAGCCAGUUACUAGCACACGAAGAAUAUCUAAGGUUCUCAUCUCUUUUCCAGAGCGGCUAUCCAUCUUAUGAAAAAUGAAUGCCCUGCCAAAGUGAGUCGAUGCCAGUGUGAGGUUCCUCGUGCUUCAAGCAUAGCGAAUUGCAGCAAAACGGACGUUAUUUUUUAAACAUUUCGAACUUCACACGGCAUUUUUAAGCACACGUGCUGCACUCUGACAUCCAGAGACAUAGGUGAUGAGGAGCGUCAUGUAUAUAUCCACGACAUGUACUGGCCGUAUUGCACUUUACUCUAUUAUCUGUUUUAUGUAUGGCAUCCAUGUACAAGUGCCGUGCACCCCCAAGCGCUUGCAUUUAGUGUGGUUGCCGUAGCAACCAAUCCUGCGUUGCCUGCCAUUGUUGUGUUUUUGCUGUUAUGACGUUAUGAUUCCUACUGUAUCAGAUGAAGUGAACAAAGGUGAAAUUUUGGUGAUCAGUUUGUGUUAUUUCCCUACUUCUCGCACGCGCGAUAAAUCCGGAGCCCGGAGUCCAAAAUAUUGGCGCAGUGAAACUACCGUACAGACUCUCUCUGUAUUAUGUAUAAUGCGUUUCUAUUUGGCAAUUUUUGUACCAGCUGAGGUGAGUGUUUGAGUGUGUUGGUUUUUGACAAUGAAUGUGCUUGGUUGCAGCUUUCCCAUACACAAUCAGAUGUUCUUAUAUCCUAUUUGCGAUGAAACAAAGCCCGUAGCGGAUUAAGUUCAAGCAAGUUUUUGUUAUGGAUUGCUGAUGAUGUGUAGACCUAAAGUUGCAACAUUUUCUUUAAAAAAAACUUACUUUAACAGUAAAAUAAAAAAAAUACAUUCUUGUCGUCUGCCGUCGCCGCACGAGUAGAGCACACGAAUUUAAUGCACAGUCGUACUCAUAAAGUAUGUUUAGGCAGGUGGGUCCGGCGUAUUUCCUCCGGGUAGCACUAGUGUUGCGUCGCGACGGGCAGACGCAAGGGUGACUUUGCCGGUCACAGGUCCAACGUAGAAGAUUGCAGAGGGUUGGUCAUCGUAGGUAGGCCGCGCAUUUGUCCUUGUGUUCAUACAGUGUAGGACUGUAGGUGCAUCCGAUCCACCGUAGAUAGAUAAGUAUGAUGCACAUCUGUAUUUGUGCUGAGGUGCUUUGAAGCGAGUCGGUUCCGUGUCGAGCAGUGUCACACAGUUGCAUGACUUUUGUCGCUUGGGUUGCAGAUGGUUGUUACGUGGCAUAUAUGCCAGUUACAUGCCAGUUACAUAUGCCAGUUGCAAGGGACAUGCCGGCUACAGGGCAUGUCAGUUACAUGGAAUGUCAAUUGCACUGCAUGUAGCGUUUACAUGUCACUCAACAGUUCUGCAGCAUGUACCGUUUACAUUGCAUGUGUUAAUUAUAUGGCACGUGACAGUUUAGUGGCAUCUACCACUUGUAUGUCGUUCAACAGUUGCAUUGCCGUGGGCAAAUUUAAUGUGAAACUUGAUGACGACCCGUGUGGUAGAAGCAUACCAUGUGACGAAUGCACACGCCAAUUUCCGCAUACGCUGUGAAGUGGAAUUGCCUAUUUCAGAGAUUGAUGAGCGACUCUUAGCUGCAAAUGUAAACUGACAAUGGCUAGAUACUGUCCAAGGCUAGACCGGCCAAAUAAGUCUCGAGUCCCGUCACUAAAUAUUAAAAAAUGCAAAGAAGCAUUUUUGACAAAUCUGACAGCCAUUUGGAUUGCACUGCCUGGUCGUAGGAGCACCACUACUCACUGCCAAGUAGAAAUUAUUUUUUAAUAACUGUAUAUAUGUAGAGUUGUUGCGCUGUCUCAAACUAUUGGUAAUGGCGUUGUACUGACGUUUUGAGUCGGCAGAUGUUUACUGAACAGCACGCGUCAAAAACGUCACAUGUAGAUUUAUAACUGAAAUAGGAGUUAGCAAAUCCUUACUAUUAAUUGUGUUAGUUAUAUUUGUAUAUACGAGUUGCUGGCUGUGUUAAUAUGGAUGCAUUGUAUUCAGAUUGUUCACUGAAAGGUGAGAAAUGUUGUUUUAUUGUAAUUUUGCGAUAUUUAUUUAAACGUUUUUAAUGUUCCCGUGAGUUUCUGUUCUGGUUAUGUAUUUGAGAAAGUUAUGUUUAUUGUCGGUUAACUUUGCAAACGAGGAUAGAUGUAUUUAUUAUGCCGCAAAGUUCAGAGUUUUAUGUAUUUGUGGUGGGAAGCAUUUGAAGUGUGUGCAUGCUUGGAAAAAACGCCAAGUUAAUACAGGUCGCAGUAAUGCAAUUUUGUAGGGCUAGUAUCAAUGUUUUCUAGUGGAUCCCAAGUCAUUGUGAUAGAAACGUAUACUUUAGUAGAUAAGACUUUUCUUUGCUAAUCAAUUAACAUGAUUAAAGCUGCAUGUAUAGCAAAUCGUAGCAAAUUAAAUUGUUUGCCUUGGCAGUAUGCGAGUGCACACAAAGUUAAAUUUCUCAAUCGAAUGGCACAGUAUUCGUUCUUCUCGUAUCUUGGCAUCUGUAAUACUUGAACACUGCUGGAAAAGGUUUGAUAAAUUAGCGAUGGCAUGGCUCUGGCCUUACAAUUAUUGUCAAUUACAACCUAAGCAUGUUACUCCCAUUAACAUUCAAAAGAAAUUGACAA